CAAAGCAAUAAAUAACAUUCAUAAUUCAGCAAAAUUGUGUUCUAUAGUAUUAAAAUUUGUAAAGCAGGCAAUGGUUAUCUUGAAGAUUUGGUGACUUUGCUGCACAAAUAAAUGUCACAGUGUAAGGCAGCAGAUUCAGAACAGCGAGUCUAAAUGGGCUGCUUUGCAUCUGCCUGCAACCUGGGGCCCUCCCAAUGCGUCUGGGCUGCAACUCCCAGCGUUCCCAGGCUGGCUGUGGGAUGCUGGGAAUUGCAACCCAACGCAGUCGAAGGGCAGUAGGAUGAGGAAAGGCUAUGCUUUCGGCUUUGGGUCAUUUCCCGCGGGCGGUGCCAGCAAGGACGACGGGGGACCCUUUGCCGCCCGGCCUCCAAAGCGACCGUGUCUCUUUAAGGAGGGAGCCUUCCGCCACCCCGAGGGCAAAGGAGGUGCUGCGAGAGGCGCAGCCAAUGAGGGAGCAGGCGCUCGCCCCGCAUCUUCCUUCUCCCCGGUUCCUCGUGAAUCGCUGCGUCUCCUGGAAGGAAACGGGAGAGCCCGUCCCGCCGCUCUCGCAGCACGAGCGGACGCCUAGGAGGGCGAUCCCGCCUGCCUUGCACUGCCUGAUGUGAUUGCACACGCUGCUACUUGCAUGCCGGCUUUAGCCCGCCGCCGCCGCCUCCCUCCUUGCUUCUUCUGUUUCCCUCUGCCACCAUCAUGGCAGCGUUGCAUCAGCAGCCGCUGCCCGAAUCUCGGGGACUCUAUUUGUUUCUAGCCGUAGCCGUAGGUGUGAUACGGACGGAGUCUUCCGUCGCUGCAGCCGGGGAUGCAGCUCCGCCUGGCAAAAUAGCUGUGGUGGGAGCUGGGAUCGGUGGCUCGUCCGUGGCCCACUUCCUGCAGCAGCAUUUUGGGCCUCAGGUACAGCUGGACGUGUAUGAAAAGGACGCAGUGGGGGGUCGCCUGGCCACAGUCACAGUCAACAAGCAGCAGUAUGAGAGCGGUGGGGCUUCCAUCCACUCCCUCAACUUGCACAUGCAGGACUUCGUUAAACUGCUGGGACUGAAGCACCGUCGCGAAGUGGCAGGCAAGACUGCCAUCUUCAGUGGGGAGCAGUUUGUCCUAGAGGAGACUGACUGGUAUCUGCUGAACCUCUUUCGGCUCUGGUGGCACUACGGCAUGAGCUUUCUGCGCCUACAAAUGUGGGUGGAAGAGGUAAUGGAGAAGUUUAUGAGGUACGUAUCAAGGAGACCAAUUCUUCUCUGGGGCUUCCAGAGGACUGCGAUGGAAACAGGACAGUCUUCUUCUUCCUCCAGUCUUGGACCUGGGGGGAGGGAUACAGAGCAACACAUUGGAGGACUCCUGGAAGAGACCUCCAGAUCUUUUCCCCUUUUUAUGUCUUGCAGGAUCUACAAAUACCAGGCCCACGGCUAUGCAUUUUCUCGCCUUGAGGAGCUUUUGCAUUCCCUGGGCGGUGAUGCCUUUGUCAACAUGACUCAGCGCUCUGUGGCAGAGUCCUUGCUGGAGGUGGGCGUGACGCAGCGCUUCAUUGACGAUGUCAUUGUGGCUGUUCUCCGGGCUAGCUAUGGCCAGUCAGUGCUGGUGCCUGCAUUUGCAGGGGCCAUGUCGCUAGCAGGGGCACAGGGCAACAUGUGGGCUGUGGAAGGCGGCAACAAGCUGGUGUGCUCUGGUUUGCUGAAGCUAACGAAAGCCAACGUAGUCCAGGCCACUGUGACAGCCAUCUCCCUACACAGUUCAGAAGGAAAAACCUUUUACCAGGUGCACUACGAGGAUGAGGAAGGCGAAGGGUCUAGUUUCUAUGACAUAGUGGUCAUUGCAACUCAACUGCAUGACAGCAAGAACAACAUCACUUUCCAGAACUUUGACCCUCCCAUUCCAGAGUUCCCAGGCACCUUUCACAGCACAGUCACUUCCAUCGUCCACGGCUAUCUCAAUUCUUCUUAUUUUGGCUUCCUGGAUCCCAAGCUCUUCCCUUUUGCCAGUAUCUUCACCACGGAUUCUCCUGCCCUUUUCUUCGAUUCCAUGGAUAAUAUUUGCCCUGUCAAUAUAUCCAGCACCUUCAGGCGAAAGCAGCCACAAGAGGCUGCCGUGUGGCGAGUUCACUCCCGGCAUCCCCUGGAGAAGCAGGAGUUGAAGGCUCUGUUCCGUUCUUACUACUCUGUCCAGGUGACAGAAUGGCAGGCAUAUCCUGACUAUGAGUCUGCCAAGACCCUUCCACCCAUUAUUCUCCACAACAACCUCUACUACCUCAACAGCAUGGAGUGGGUAGCCAGCUCCAUGGAAAUGGCUGCUGUUGCUGCCAAAAACGUGGCCCUCUUAGCCUACAACGUCUGGUAUCACGAGCUAGAAAAAGUUGACCAGAAGGACCUGAUGCACAAAGUGAAAACUGAGCUGUGAAUCUAGCAAGCACUGCUGCAGAAAUCCUUCCACGAGCCUUUCCUUUCUUGCAUGCAGGGUUGGGGGGAUUAUGCUGGAGUUUUAGCAAGGAGGUAAGCUGAAGACUUGCUGUUACAUGCAUCCCUCAUAUGCCUAUUUUCUCCGGUAAGUGCAGCCUACCAACCCCAGUGCCUCUUUGUUUCCAAGAGUCUGAACUAAGCUUUGUGGGUACCCACCUAGUAAGACUUCAGAGGCCACCUUGAAAGGGACCUAAGCUGGCUGAUCUUGAACUACAUCCAGCUGGUUUUCCUCUGUAGGCAAAGUGCGCCAUCUCCACUGUGCUGUACCCAUGCAGUGCCGCUGCACAUGGCUUGGUGAGCCACACCUGGUGUACCAAGCAUGGACCCCUCUUACCUCUACAAGAGCUGCACCUCCUGACUCACCUUGUGCUGGACUUUAACCUUGUGCUCAGCCUCCUUGUGGAAGGAAAUGACCCUUUUGGAGUGGGAUUGUGCCUCUGGUGUGAAAGCCUUUGCAAAGCCUUUGUUUUUUUCUCACUUCCUAAACAAUGUUUCUUUGUUUUAUUACCAAAACCCAUUGAACAGCCUCUAAUGUUGACCAACCGAGUUGCCCUGAGCAGGGUCUUCAAGUACUGGCUAAGGCUCAGGUAUAACAUCCUAUCUACUUCUACCUGCCUACAUGUAUGUGACGCUGCUUUACCACCUGAUCAUUUCGACCCUCUGCAACUAAUGACUGAUCUAAUGCUGGCUCACUUUAUAUAACAUGUUGGUGGUAGCCUUUUCCUGGUUUAUGUAGACUAGAGCUGCUUCCCUCCAUCAUGGAGUAUGUUAAAAGGUUGCCUCUGAGACAGGACAAGUGGCUGUAUAUACGCUUGAGCUCUUUCCUGACCUGGCACUAGAUGCAGCUCAUUUCAGCAAGCUCAUGCUGUCAGUCCUGAAAUGGAUUUAGAAUCGGGGAUGGGGCCCGUGUGCUGUUUUUCCUGCUACUAAUCAAGCUGUGCUCACCUGAAAUUCCUUUUUACGGUAAACAAGGGCAUGCUUCACUUGGCCGCACAGGUAAUGUAAUGGUGAGGCUCCCACAGUUAUGUUCUGGUUGCUGGAGAAAGGGCUAGUCUCAGGCCCAAAACACACAUGACUUUAAAUCCAUAUCUAGCAGUUAUGUCUUUUUUUCAAAACAUCAUUCUCACAUAGGUACAGGAGUUCGGAUCCAGGUCUAGAAGACACCCCAGCCCAUCAUUGUGGUGGGGCUCUGGUCCUGAUCAGCACCCCCCUUGCACCUACUCAAGAGAAAGAAUGGAAAAACAUGAUAGCUGCUAGAUUCAGUUUUAAAGUAAUGCCUGCUCUGCCUCUUCGCUUGUAUUAAGGCAGGGAUGGGCAGAAGGUGGAUCAUAAUCUAGUAGAUCUGAGUGAUAUUAAAACAGAUCAGUGAAGAUUCCUCACUUCCAGUAGCUUAACCAUGGAAACAAGAAAAUGUGUGGAAGGACAUGAACUCCAUUCUGUUCUCAGAACAAUUCCUGGGCUCAGCUUUCUCUGAGUAACCCUUUCCAGAGGGUAACUGUUUGUCUGUUGCAGUAAAAGCAGCAAAGAGUCCUGUGGCACCUUAACAACUAACAAAUUAAUUAUAGCACAAGCUUUUGUGAACUGCAGUCCAUUCAAUCUGAUGAAGUGGCCUGCGGCCUUGGAAAGCCCAUGUUAUAAUGAAUUUAUGAACGGUGCUGCAAGACUCCCAGUUAUUUUUAAUUCUGAGUGUCAGUUAAUUGGAUUUAUUUGCUAAAAAUUAAUGGUUAUCACAAACAUAAAACAUAUUCUGAUUGAAAUCUAUGUUUUAGGGUAAAUAAUCCUGAACACAUUCAGCUCCAUCAUGUGUAAUAUAUUUGUAUCUCAUCCAUUGACCUGUAAGUGCAAACAGAGAGACAAUAUAUGUAAUGUAGUUAUUUAUCUCUCAAUAAAUAACUAAUCUUCAUCCUA